AUGUCGCUGGUUAUUCUGAAGCGAUCAUGCCCUUUCUGGGCAGAAGAUGGUCACUGUUCAAUAAAAGAGUGUCAUGUGGAGCCCUGUCCAGAGAGUAAAAUUCCAGUUGGAAUGAAAGCUGGGCAUUCUAAUAAGUACUUGAAAGUGGCAAACAAUACAAAAGAAUUAGAAGACUGUGAGCAAGCUAAUAAACUGGGAGCCAUUAACAGCACAUUAAGUAAUCAAAGCAAAGAAGCUUUCAUUGACUGGGCAAGAUAUGAUGAUUCACAGGAUCACUUUUGUGAACUUGAUGAUGAGAGAUCUCCAGCUGCUCAGUACGUAGACCUGUUGCUGAACCCGGAGCGCUACACUGGGUACAAAGGGACCCCUGCGUGGAGAGUGUGGAACAGCAUCUAUGACGAAAACUGUUUCAAGCCCCGAUCUGUUUAUCGUCCUUUAAAUCCUCUGGCGCCCAGCCGAGGUGAAGAUAGUGGAGAAUCAUUCUAUACAUGGCUAGAAGGUUUGUUUCUGGAGAAAAGAGUCUUCUAUAAGCUUAUAUUGGAACUUCAUGCCAGUAUCAAUUUACAUCUAUGUGAAAAUUAUCUUUUGGAAGAAACCUGGGGUAAACCUAGUUGGGGACCUAACAUCAAAGAAUUUAAACGCUGCUUUGACCCUGUGGAAACCAAGGGAGAAGGUCCAAGAAGGCUAAAGAACCUGUACUUUUUAUACUUGAUUGAGCUUCGAGCUUUGUCAAAGGUGGCCCCAUAUUUUGAGCACUUGAUUGUCGAUCUUUACACUGGAAAUGGAGAAGAAGAUGCUGACACAAAAACCUUUUUACUGAACAUCCUUCAAGAUACAAAGUACCAGGCCAUCAUUUGUGUUGGCAGCAUUCAAAGGCAAGGCGCAGAUAACUGCUGGUGGCUCCACUGGCACCACUGGGCAUCCCGAGCCAGUUUCCCCAAGCAACGCAUCUAG